AAGUAAAAGGCAUGUGGGUGUCGGUAAUUCUAACAGAGUGUGCGUAAACUGAUUCUGGGCCAAAUUCACUUUCAAAAUAACUUCCCAAUAAAGUGCAGACAUCCAGCUGGCUGCGCUCAGUAGAAAUAAUUUUACGCGGAAAACUAGUUUUACCUUCUACGGCAAAUUGGAACCGGAUCUUCGAACCGCUUGACAAUCUACAGAUGAAACUGCUUGCGCUCGCUCUGCUGGUCUUUCUGGCCGACGCUGAAAAUCCAAUUGUGAAGACAAAGGUAAAAGUAACUGCGGUUUUAGGACAAAAUCUUUCCAUCACCUGUACAACAAAUUUAAAUGAUAUUCUACAGGUGACCUGGCAAAAGUUGAAUGGUCAAUCAGAGGAAAACAUCGCCACCUAUCAUUUAAAAUUUGGACGCAAAGUGUUUGGAAAAUUUGUUGAUAGGGUGUCUAUUUUGCCAUCAAACUUGCAAGAAUCCACCCUUGUAUUUUCUGAAGUGAGACUUGAAGAUAAAGGAUGUUAUCAGUGUCUCUUCACGACAUUCCCAGAUGGAUCUAAUAUUGGGAAGACCUGCCUGAAUGUACUUGCAAAAAGUCCACAUGAAGAGACUCAGGAGAAUAAGACAGCAGUUAUAAGUGCAAACGUUAACUUCAGCUGCACAACGCAAUUAGAAAAUAUUCAACAGGUUAUCUGGAAAAAGCUAAGUGGUCAAUCUGAGGAAAAUGUCAUCAAAUUUAAUGUAAUAUCCAAUUCAUUUGAGAAACGUCAUGAAAGAGCUACUUUUAUACCAACAAAUGGGCAAAUGUACACAAUAGAUCUAUCUGGAAUAAAGCUUGAAGAUGAAGGAUGUUAUCAAUGUUUCUUUAGUACAUCUGAGAUUGAUUCAAGCUCUGGCAAGACGUGCCUCACUGUAAUUGCACGUGCAUCACAAUUUAGAUCAGAACAUUAUUUUUGGAUUAUUUUAGGACCACUGGCAAUUUUAAUUGUUUUUUAAUUUUCUGUUUCCACUGGAAUAAGAACACAAGAUGCUAAAAAAAGGGUUGCAAAUUAUUUGAAGAUUAAGACAUCUUGUUCAACAAUGGCAGCUCAAAUGACAGAACAGGAAAAAUCAGUCAUCUGAUUACAAGCACUUUGAUACCAAAACAAGAUUUACAGAAAUAAAGAUUAAUAAUAAAAUAUGCUGCUUCUGUAUGUAUUUGUUAUUCCCUUACAAGAUUGCUAGAUAGUUUGAAUAAAAUAUUGCACAGUGGGUAAUUGCAAUGAAACAUUUACUGUAUAUAAUUCAAAUGUAAUUUUUAAAAUAAUCUAAACAUUGUGACCAACUAUUUUUAAAUAACUAAAAUCUGUCUUAACAAGACUUGGGAAAAAAGAUUUUUUAUUUGUUUAUUACAACACAGUUGAACAUACCGUUGAAAAUUUGUUUACAUCUGAAAUGUAAAAUUGAUGUAUUGCAUUAACAUACUGUCAGGGUCAUUUCUUUAUUCAGAAGCUAUAUUUGAUUAUUUUCACAAAUAUCUUGCUGGUUUAAUUUCUAGUAACUAUAUCUUAUUACUGAAGUAUCAAAUGUUGCAUUCUGUAAGUAACUUUCUUAUCAGUUUUAUUUAGUAAGUUGUAAUUGUCUUUUUGAGUUGUCAGUAAUCUGCACGAUAUAUAAAAACGCAUUGUAGUUAAAAACAUUUCUAACACUGCAAAUGUUGUAUUCAGUUUCUUUACGUGUAUGUUUUACUGUGAAGAAACUAGAACAAUUAUUACUUAGCUUUGAACUUUUAACAUAAAGCACAUUGUUUUAUUCCCAGCUGGCUGUUCAAUUUUGUAUGUGGGAAAAUGGAUGUAACUAACUUCAUCAAAACUUCCCAUGAGGAACAUUAUAAACAAAAGAUAACAUCAUACAACUGUGAGCUCUAUUGACCAAUGUUUGAGCGUACUUGUAAACCAGAAUGUAUAAAAGCAUUAGGUGUCCUCCAUUCAAUGGCAUUAAUAAACAUGUGUUUUUAAAGAUAAUAUGAUGGCAUUGUUAUUGUUUUGGAGUAGAAUAUACUAUUUAUUCCCCAUCUGCUUGUGUGUUUAUAAUAUGGUGCUGAAUGGACAGUUGAGGCAUGCUGUGUGUCUGUUUUGCAAUAACAACAUUGUCACCUUCUGCCCAAUUAGUGCCUUAAUCUAAAUAUCUGCCUAGCAAAUCAACCAAUAACGCUUUGGAUAGAUAUUGUCUCUCACUGCAUUUCUACAGUGAUCAAUUGUGAAGCUCCAUUUCAGUGGUUCAUUUGAUUAUUUAAGCCAGUGAAUCUAGUUUAAAUAUACAGGGAGAUGCUUGUAUCAGGCAGGCAUCUUGAAUUAAAUUUUUAAUGUCAGUGCUAAUAUGACAUCUGGGCAGAGACUGAAUGGAUUAACAGAGCAAUCAGACAUAGCUAAGCAACAAUAUUAAAGCUGUGUAAUGCUGCAGCAUCUGAUAAUGACUUUUUGUGAGCAUGUAAACUGCUAACAAAAGAAGAUGGCUUGAAUUUGAAUACAAUGAUGGCUGAAAUCAGGAUAUUCUAGUAUAGAUACAGUACAGGAUUACUGAACAAUGUGAAAAUUAUCCAGAUAUAUUAUGUUCACAAAACAUAGGACAAAUUUAAUCCACCCAAUCUGAUUAGUUUACACUCAGACAUCAACAAAGUAAUAGAUGGUGUCAAAAACAGAAUUAUAAAGUGGUGAUUGAGCAUCAGUGCUAAUGUUGGGUACCCAAAGGGCCACUGGGCUGCAGAGCACAUCACAGCCUUGGUCCAAGCGUGAUCUUGGUCCAAUCACAGCCUUGGUCCAAGCGUGGUCCAAGCGAGUUGCAAACAGAAGGUGAAUGUGUCUGACCUUGACAUCAUGGCAACCUUUGACAAAGGGGCCAAACAGGAAAGCACUCCAAUGGACAGAGUUGUACAUUACACAAAGGAGAUAAUCAUAGUUUUGGAAGUCAAUCAAGCCAGCCCAACGACAUCAUUACAGGAUUUCCUCAGGGUCAAACAUCAUCAGCUGUUUUAUCAGUGACCUUCCUUCCACAUUAAGGUCAGAAGUAAGGAUAUUGUUUGAUGAUAAGUUACUGUUAAAAUGAAGCGGUCCACACCUAAAUCCAGAAUGACCUGAGCCAUCAUAAGUGGCAGACAAUAUUUGCACCAUAAUGUGCUAGGGAAAUGUUACUUCCAUCAGGAAAACUCAGUUACACAACAUUCAAUAGCAUUAUCAGUUCACCACCAUCAACAACCUGGGGGUCAUCAAUGACCAGAAUGGCAACUGGACCAACCUCAUAAACACAGAGGCUGGUCAAAGACUUGAUAUCUUGUUGUGAACAAUUUACCUCUAACACCUUAAGGUGUUCCACCAUCUAAAGCAACAAGUCAAUAACAUGAUGGAAUACUCUCUGCUUGCCUAGUUGAGUGAAGAUCAACAGCAUUCAAGAUAAAUCAACUUGCUUAAUCGUUAUCCUAUCCAACCACCUUAAAAAUGUAUUCUCCCCAUCACUGUUUACUGUAACAUAAUGUGCGCUAUCAAAAACAUGCAUUUACUUUCCUAAGCUGCUCCCAAGUCUAUUCUUCUUCGGGUUCCUUGCUGUUUGGCGUGGGUGAUCAUGUCUCUCCAUCCAUCAUGGUCCCUGACCCUCCGAAUUGUAGUUGUUGCCUCCCCAUUUCUAACCAUGAUGUUAAUCCAUCUAUCAUUCUCAUUCUCUCUCUGCCUUUGCUUCUUUUUCCUUCCAGUUGUAACAAAAUGUUCUAAUGUCUCUCUUCGCAUGAUGUGUCCAAUGAAUUUUGAUUGCUGUUUUCUGGUUUUUUUAAGUAAUGUACAUUUUGUUUUGUUCUCUGUAGAACUUCUUUGUUGGUUGUCCUGUCCGUAUGUGAUAUGCAUAGCAUUCUUCUGAGGAACCACAUUUCUGCUGCGUCGAUUCUUUUUUCCAUUGCAUUUGUGAUGGUCCAUGACGCGCAGCCAUACAUCAAUAUGGGAAGAAGGUAGCAGCUGAGAGUUCUAAGGCAGAUGUUUUCCUGUUCGUUAGGAUGUUUCUCAUUUCUGUAAAUGCUGUUCUUGCCAUUGCUAUUCUUGCUUUUAUGUCUAUUUCACAUUUGCCAUCAGAUGUUACCCAUGAUCCAAGGUACUUGAAGUUGUGAACUUGUUUCAGGAUUUCAUUUCCCAACACGAUCCUACAGUUUUGGAUAUCAGGUUUCUUUGAUAUUACCAUUACUUCAUUUUUCUUUUUGUUUAAGGUUAGGCCAAGUCUUUCUCUCCCUGUGUUGAUGGUAGAUACUGGUUUCUGUAAAUUUACUUCACUGUUUGCUAUCAGUACUGUAUCAUGCGCGUAGUGGAGGUUGUCGAUAUAGUAUCCUCCUACACUUAUUCCAGGUAGUUCUUGUAUGGUUCUCGUGAUGUUUUCACUGUACAGGGAGAACGGGUCUGGUGAUAGAACACAACCCUGUCUGACUCCUUGCUUUAUUGGCUGAUAUUCACCAGUCUCAUUGUCUAUCCAUAUGGCUGCACUUUGUUGCCAGUAGCGAUUCCUGAUUACUCUUGGAUCCUUUCCGUUGAUAUUAAUUUUUUAAGCAUUUUCAUGAUGACUUGGUGUUUCACUGUGUCAAAGGCUUUUGUGUAGUCAAUGAAACAGAAGUUUAGGUCUUGUACUUCUAUUGACCUUUCAAUAAUAUUCCUGGAAAUAUGAGAGGCAUUUGAUGUUCCCUUGCCUUUGACAAAACUGCACUGUUCUUCACUGAUCUCUGGUUUAAUUUUGUUUCUUAUUCUGAGCAUGAUGAUUCUAAGUAGAAUUUUUGUGAGGUGGCUCAUUAAACUCUGUGUUGUCCACACUCUGUCAUCACAAAGAAGAAAAUGUAAGGAAAACGAAGAAGCCUACAUAUCCUUGCAUGCACAGAUAACAACCAAGUGCAAGGAAGCAAAAGAAAAGUGGCUUAAGGACAAAUGUGAGUUAAUAGAACAAUUGCAGAAGACCAACAACAGCAAAUGUAUGCACGAUGAGAUCAAAGAAGAAAAGCGGGGCAACAACAGGAUGUAUAAAAGCAAAAGACGGCUCUACAAUUAUAGAAAAAGGAAAAAUACUGCAAAGUUGGUCAGAAUACAUCAAAGACCUAUACGACGACAAAGACCGAGAGGACAACUUUGAUAUUGGCAAUGAUAAUGAGGGCCCAGUAAUACUGAAAGAAGUGCUAUGAAGAAAAUGCAAAAGGGGAAAUUAUCAGGACCAGAUAACAUUCCAGUUGAACUGUUUGAAGCGCUAGAAGAUUUUGGUGUAGAGCAAUUAACAAUCUUAUUGAAUAGAAUAUGCAACAGUGGCAAAGAAUCAGAAGAUCUUUUAAAGACAGUAUUUAUUACACUGCCAAAGAAACCAGGUGCAACAGAGCGUGGACAAUUAGUUUAAUGACCCAAGUCUAUUAUCUUUAUUUAUCUAUACGCCCAAGAAGAACAGGGCGUUAAGUGCAUGGAAACACCACUUCUUGCAUGUUCCCCUCAGGUCACACAACAUCCUGAUUUAGAAGUACUCUAUCCAUCCAUUCUUUCAUCAUUCCUCACUACAAACCUGGAAUCCCUAUGUAACAGGGUUCUUUGGGGUACCUUCACAAAAAUAUCUUCAGCAGUUCAAGAAUGCAGCUCAACACCACCCUCUCUUACACUAGUCAGGCCGCAUUUGGAGUAUUGUCAACAGUUUUGGGCCCCAUAUCUCAGAAAGGAUGUGUUGUCAUUGGAGAGAGUCCAGAGGAGGCUCACGAGGGUGAUUAUGGGAAUGAAGGGGUGAACAUAUGAGCAAUAUUUGGCAGCUUUGGGCCUGUACUCACUGGAAUUUAGAAGAAGGUGGGGGUACCUCAUUGAAAUCUACUGAAUGUUGAAAGGACCAGAUAGGGUGGAUGUGGAGAGGAUGUUUCCUAUGGUGGGGGUAUCCGGAACUAAAGAGCACAGCCUCAAAAUUGAAUGGCAACCUUUUAGGACAGAACUAAGGAGGAAUUAUUUUAGCCAGAGUGUAGUAAAUCUGUGGAAUGUUCUGCCACAGACUCUGGUGGAGGCCAAGUCCGUGCAGGUAUUUAAGGCAGAAGUUGAUCGUUUCCUGAUUGGCCAGGGCAUCAAAGGAUGUGACAAGAAGGCAGGUGUAUGGGGUUGGGUGGGAUCUGGAAUGAUCAUGAUGGAAUGGCGAAGCAAACUUGAUGGGUUGAAUGGUCUAAUUCUGCUCCUAUGUCUAAUAGUCUGAUGGUCUUGUGGUCUCUCAAGUACAACCUGCCUUGGCAGCAAUGCUAUAAUCCUAAUAAAUAAAUAAAUGUAACACUUUGCUUAGGCAGUUACUGAAGAUCUAUCAUCUUUGGCACAUGGUCUUUAUUUGGCAGAUUUGACUAACUCUCUUUGAUACAGGUAUGUGGCAUUUUUCAGGGGAGCAACAGUAAAUAAUUGUAAGCUUCUUGCAACAAGGAUUCAUAAACAGAAUAAAAUGUCUGUUUUUGGAUUUUCAAUAACAUGUUGUCUCUGCGGAGUAGACAGUGGGUUGUUUUAAUUACAGACAUGAGCAAUAGGUUGGUUUUGUUUUAUAUUUAAGAAGUGAUUCAAAUACUGAAUCUAAUUUAGGAAAAUUACAUGUUCUUUUGACCUGUCCAUUAAUUUCUACUGCCUUGAAAAUACUAGGCCUAUUUGGCACCAUUUGUGCCAUUUUCUACCAUUACUGAUUUAUAGGUAUUAAAUGCCACACCACUGUAAUGUCAAUGGAAACAAUAAAUGUUUGUGGAGAAUAGGGUAACAAUUAACGAAUCGCUGUGUACAUCAUGAUUGCAUAAAAAGCAUCAAAUACUCUUUGCUGGCCCCUUUAAAGGGACUGAACACAUUCUCUCUGAUAACAUCUUUUUUCUAGUAUAUUGAGAAUUUUCACUCUUAGAGGAUGGUUCUAAGUCCACAUCUUUUUAAUUUUCUGUUGCAUAUUUGC